GCAGCUCUUUCCUACGCCGAAAGAACCAUCUCAAAAUGCGGCCCAAAACUAUUCUUCCACUUCUGUUUCCUUCCCAUUCUGUUACCAUUCUUCUGUGCUUUUUAAUCUGCCAUGCUCCGCCUUCCUCCUCCGCUUACCAAAUCAACGUAUGGCCCAAGCCAAGAAACCUGUCGUGGCCCCAUCCACAGGUCACCCUCCUCGCCACCAACUUUACCAUCACAUCCCCCAACCACGCCCACCUCACCCCCGCCGUCCACCGCUACCUCAGCCUAAUCCGCUCCGAGCGCCACCACCCCAUCCUCGCCCCCGUCGUCAACGUCACCGCCUCGCCCUCGUUGCAGACCUUGAUCGUCGCCGUUGCUGACCUCGCCGCCCCUCUAGAGCACGGCGCCGACGAGUCCUACACCCUCGCGAUACCCGCCGCCGGAACCGCGGCAGAUCUGAGGGCGGCGACGCCGUGGGGCGCCAUGAGGGGGCUGGAGACCUUCUCGCAGCUCGUAUGGGGCGAGCCGCCGCGGGUAGCGGCGGGAUUGCGCGUUUGGGACGCGCCGAUUUUCGAACACCGAGGAGUGCUGUUGGACACAUCGAGAAAUUACUACGGAGUGCAGGACAUAUUGAGGACGAUCGAGGCGAUGAGCGGGAAUAAGCUCAACGUGUUCCACUGGCACAUCACGGAUUCGCACUCCUUUCCGCUGGUGCUGCCGUCGGAGCCGGAUCUCGCCGGUAAGGGAGCCUACGGUCCGAACAUGGUCUACACGCCGGAAAAUGUCAGUCAAAUAGUGGAAUUUGCGCUGCAACAUGGUGUCAGGGUUGUGCCCGAGAUCGACACACCGGCUCAUACAGGGUCGUGGGCCGAAGCUUACCCAGAAAUCGUGGCAUGCGUCGACAUGUUCUGGUGGCCAGCCGACGUCGAAUGGGCGGACCGCCUCGCAUCCGAACCGGGAACCGGCCAGCUAAACCCCCUCCAUCCCAAAACCUAUCAAGUCCUCAAAAACGUCAUCCGCGACGUCGCCGCCCUCUUCCCCGACCACUUCUACCACUCCGGCGCCGACGAGGUCGUCCCCGGCUGCUGGAAGACCGAUCCGACGGUCCAAACCUUCCUAAUCAACAACGGAACCCUCAGCCAACUUCUGGAGAUCUUCGUGAACUCCACGCUGCCCUACAUCGCCUCCCUGAAUCGCACCGUCGUGUACUGGGAAGACGUCCUGUUGGAUGAGCACGUGAGCGUGGACCCCACUGUUCUUCCCAAAGACAGCGUCGUUUUGCAGACGUGGAACGAAGGCCCGACCAACACCAAACGGUUAGUCGGAUCCGGGUACCGGGUCAUAGUGUCGUCCGCGGACUUUUACUAUUUGGAUUGCGGGCACGGGGGCUUCGUGGGUAACGACAGCCAGUAUGAUCAGGUGACGGAAGGUGACACGGGUAACGGCGGGUCCUGGUGUGGGCCCUUCAAAACGUGGCAGACUAUUUAUAAUUACGAUAUUACCGGUGGGCUGAGCGAGGAGGAGGCUCGGUUGGUUUUGGGAGGGGAGGUGGCUCUGUGGUCGGAGCAGGCGGAUCCGACAGUGCUGGAUGCGCGGAUCUGGCCGAGAGCGGCGGCGAUGGCGGAGACGCUGUGGUCGGGGAAUAGGGACGAGACGGGGAAGAAGAGAUAUGCGGAGGCCACUGAUCGGUUGAAUGAGUGGAGGUAUAGAAUGGUGGGGAGAGGGAUUGGAGCCGAGCCCAUUCAGCCACUCUGGUGCUCUAGACAUCCCACCAUGUGUAACACCGUCCAUUCCCUUGUUGAGUCUGCCUAGCAUUUUAAAACAAUUUGAAUAAAAUGGAAAAGUGUUUUAAGAA